AUGGAGAGAUUUCAGCAUUCAUCGGAGACAAUAAGUCGUUAUUUCUUCAAAGCCAUACAGACACUUAUUAGUUUAGCCGCUAAAAUCAUCCGGUCGGAGGAUCCAUCAUUUGUUAAUACUCCAGGACAAAUCGUAACUGAUCCCCGUUACAUGUCUUACUUCAAGAACUGCAUAGGUGCAAUUGACGAUACUCACGCUGAUAUAAGAAUAAUCAGAAUACCCAGUCAGGACAAAGUGGCUUACAUUGGUCGACAUGGUUCAACUACUCAAAAUGUCAUGGCAAUAUGUGACUUCAACAUGUGUUUCACAUAUGUUAUGACGGGCAGGAAAGAGAGUACACAUGAUAGUCAGAUUUUCUCCUAUGCUACUAAGAAUAUAUCGCAGGGUUUUCCUCAUUCCCCUUCAGGAAAAUACUAUUUGGUUGAUGCUGGAUACCCUAUGCAGAGGGGCUAUCUGAAGACAUAUCCAGACACUAAGUAUCAUAUUCUUGAUUUUGAGCGAGCAAGUGACAUUAUUCGUGGUAAGAAAGAAAUUUAUAUUAACAUGACUUCUAGGAUUUCAGUGACAUACAGAGUUAUUUUUUGUUAUUGCGGACUACCGGCUCCGUUCCUCACGUCGCGUCAGUCUUAUAACUUUGGGAGACAAUUCUACGGUUAUCGCAAGGGUGUUUCAGCUCGUUGUGGUUUCUUCCGAUGGCAGUCGUGGAAAUCCGUUGUUUUCCCAGGUUGA